UUUUCAUUUAGACAUAUAUAUAUAUGUAUUAAACAGUGACUAAGGGGGAACACCAGACAGAAAUCAUGGGAACCUUCCUCACCUUGUCCACCUCUGCUGCUGUCAUUCUCCUGGUAAUUUGUAGGGGUUUCUGUGUGGAUAUCAUUGGAGGAGCAGAAGUACCACCACACUCAAGACCAUAUAUGGCCCUAAUCCAGAGAAAAGAUGAAAGCCUUAUUUGUGGAGGAGCUUUGAUCAAGAAAAACUGGGUGUUAACAGCUGCCCACUGCAAAGUGGAAGGAGGCAGAGUUAUUCUUGGAGCUCACUCACGGAAAACAAAAGAAAGAGAAAAACAGGUUUUUCGGAUUGCAAAACAAAUUCGCCACCCAUGCUACUAUUCUGAUUCUCACGAAAAUGACAUUAUGCUGCUGCAGCUUCAGAGAAGAGCAAAACUUGGUAAAGCAGUGAAAGUCAUUGACCUGCCUACCUCAUUUGAUGAUCUCAAAGCAGAAACAAUUUGCUCAGUAGCAGGAUGGGGACAAACUGACAGUAUUGUAAAAAAAAUUUCUGAUACCCUGAUGGAGGUUAAUGUCACUGUCCUCAGUAGGGAAAUCUGCAAUGACAACAAGCAUUAUAAAAACAAACCUGUUAUAACAGAAAACAUGAUAUGUGCUGGAGCUAAGAAUGGAGGAAAGGACUCAUGUCGUGGGGAUUCUGGCGGACCUUUAAUAUGCAAUAAUGUGAUGAGAGGCAUCACUGCUUUUGGGAAGAAAGAGUGUGGUGCUCCUGAUGGUCCUGGUGUCUACACUCGACUCACAAAGCACUACGUUCAGUGGAUAAGGAAAACCAUAGGGGGAGCCUAAUAGAUCAGGCUUUGACCAAGUGAUUUCCUGCUUUGUACUUGGGUAACAAUAUCUAGUUUUGAAAUACGCUUUUAAAAAUAGCUUCAUUAUGCCAGUAUAAGAGGUAUUCCCACACUGAAUUUUAUCAGCUUGAUGUCCUUAUAGAUGAAAAUACAUAUGAGUGUUUUAAGGGCAGAUGUGAUCUUAACAGGGCCAGAAUACAGUGCUCUGCUACAACAGCACUUGUAGCUUAUACAGUCAGCCGUGGAGUCAUUUGACAGGUAUUUGUGUCUCAGGUUUCCACCGUUCUUGCGCCGCACAGUCAGACUAAGCUAAGCUCUACAUGGGUGAGUAUUUCUGACCAAGAAUCUAAAAACCCAGCUGGUUCUGUUCUCACUGCAUGUUAAGUACACAGUGCACUCUUCUGUAUCCGGGCUUCUGCAAAUAACCCUGAAAGUUAGUGCAAUGCUAGGUACAACUCCAGGCACCUGAAAAACUGGGUAGUUUCUCUGCAGCAGAUCUCCUGAUUUCACAGGUGUGGGGACUGCUAAGCUUCAGAAAAUUAAAUUUCGGCAAGUGCAUUUGACUGUGGGACAUAAUAA